GCUAAGUAAAGGAUUUACGCAUGGUGACUAAUCUUGGUUCAUGCUCACAGACGCACCGGAUUCGUGUCGCAGCGUUUUUCCAACCCAGACGCGGAUAAAGACUAUUAUUUAACUUAUAAAGAAAUAUUUGUUCCUAUCUCUGCCAACACCGUCAGGUAAAUAAACAUCUAUAGAUGGAGUUUUGGUCGUGACUGUUGCUCGCCGCCUCUCACUCAGCGGAAGAAUCUGCCGCAGCAUCCAAACCACGGCAGCUCUCUCCUGCGCAAACAUGGGUACCGUUCUCUCCAUAUCUCCUGCCUCAAAGAAGGCUUCUAUAAUGGACACUGAGGCUACAGGGGAUGGAUUGAAAAACGACAAGAGCCUCAAGCGCCACUCGAUGUUCGUAUCUUUGUCUUGGAAGAAGCUGGUGGCCAAUUCAGCUAAGAAGAGCGCCAAGAAAGUGACCCCGAACCCGCUGCAGCCGAGCCAGGUGGCCCAUCUCAACAGCGAAAACAUCAGGAAGACGCACCAAACCGAGGAGAAGAAGCCAAAGGCGCCCAUCCCUGUCCCGGUCCCCACGCAGAACAGCGACAGCAUAGUUCAAAACGGGAGGCUGUCCACGGUUCAGAAGCAACCCAGCAACUUCUCUCUGCUGUCACCCAGGCGGAUUGUUAUCCAGGCGUCAACAGGGGAGCUCCUGCGCUGUUUGGGGGACUACUUGUGCCGCAGGUGUUAUAAACUGAAAGAGUUAAACAGCGGGGAUGUUGUCCUCUGGUUCCGAAACAUUGACCGGACUCUACUGAUCCAGGGCUGGCAGGACAUCGGCUUCAUUACGCCAGCCAAUGUGGUGUUUGUGUACCUGCUGUGCCAGGACGCAAUCACAGAGAGCGUGAACAGCGCGGCCGAGCUGCAGGGCACCUUCCAGACCUGCCUCUACCUUGCAUACUCCUACAUGGGCAACGAGAUCUCCUACCCGCUCAAGCCCUUCAUCACGGACUCCAACAAGGACGUUUUCUGGGACACGUCGCUUCGAAUCAUCGACCGGCUGAGCCCCAAGAUGCUCCAGCUGAACGCGGACCCACACUUUUUUACCGAGGUCUUUCAGGAUCUGAAAAAUCAGCGUGAUUCCAGCGAAUCCAGCUUAGACCGUUGACCCAGGUCUAUGGAAGGUCCAAAGUGCCACAAUUCAAUAAAUAAAUCAUCAAACAUCUCUAUAAUUUUAAUUUGGCAGCUCUCUUCUUCUAGACUGAUGGAAUUUUACUUAAGUUAUUUUUGGGAAACUUUUUAUUAAAUUGAUGCAUCUAGAUUUGCUAAUAUCUUAUGGCAAUUUAAAAAUAACAUAUAAUCAAAUAUAUAAAUCUUUGAAACGUGUUGCAGGGCAUUGUUUUAUCAUUCGGACAAGCACUGUAGCACAGAAAAUACUAAAUAAUUUGGUAAACACUGAGAUAAGUAUUUGCUGUUCAAAGUUCAAUUAAUUCAAGUUUUCAUUAAUGAAUAACUUAAAUUUAAUAUGUGUAAUUCAACAACUACAGGCAUAUAAUGUUCAUGUAAUUCCUGAAUAUAAGGAUUUUCCAGAAUAACCUAAUUUAUCUAAGAGUUAUUCAUUUGACAUCUUAUUUAUUUGUUUAAUUGUGGCACUUUUGACUCUUGCUGAGGUACUGAGCAGUACGCCGGUGUAUUUUUAAAGCUGAAUGUAUAAAAGGUGACUGGACAGUGUUGCCGGCAGUACUCCUCACGUCUCGGCUCAAGAUGUUACACAACUUCAAUAUGGUCUUUAGUUUCCGCUGGAAGAGGUUUUAAAGAUGCAUGCUGAUCGUAUUUUGUCUUCUUAUUUUGUCUUGUCCUAGGAAUUUGACUUUGCUGUAAAACCCUACAUUUUAACAGAGACUCAAAUCCCCAUUUCAAACUAAAUUAGCCUAAUUUCCAAGUAAAUGAGUGGAUGUUUUUGGAUGGGGUCCAAGCCUGUGCCAGAAUAGAUCUCCCCAGUCGAGUCAGGCCAAUGAGCUGUCCAAGGUGCUGACCUGUUCAGCCAUUUCUGAUUCUCCUUUUCUCCCAACUGAGCCAAGCAUGGCUUACGAGUGCCUCCACAGCACAUAAGCCUAAGCCUUGUAAGUAAGUUAGUAAUUAGAGAUAGUCUACUGUGCUUUUUUAGCAUCUCAGUCAGCUGAUAGAUAAGCUAGUCGACAUGGAACAGAUACAAAAUGUCUCUAAAAUGGCAAUGAACAGUGAUUGUAAAUAUUCCCCUUUGAGCUGUUUCAUCUAGGCAUGGGCUGGUGUACGGUUCUAAUGAUAACAUUUAGUAAAAUUACCACAGGUUAAUGAUAUUUACACAAAGAAUUUUAACAAAAGUAUUUAAUCUAACUGUUUCUAAUUGAAACAGGAAACCGAAUAUGCUGUCCACUACUGCUAAAGUAUUUUAGAAUAUAGUUUACAAAGUUAUAAAAACAGCGCAUAACCUUUAUUUGCUGUUGUUGAUCUUGAUCAAAUAGAAGCAAGAAAUACCUUUUAGGUUCAUUUUGUUUUAAAGUGGAUAUUAAGAAUAAUAUAUAUAUAUAUUUACACUGUUCUCCUUUUAGAGGGGCUAAAGAUAACAUACUGUAACAACCCAAUAUUCUCUUUUUUAAUACUCAGGCUGUUUGCUCAGAUAAGCUUUCUGCAAUCUUUGUUUAACAUGCAUGUUGCUUUCCAACUAAUUUCUUAUAUCAGAGUAAACUUUAUAGGAUUUUCUUUAUUUCAUGUGAGGGGAAAGCGUAGGCGUUUUCUUUUGCCAGCCAACAGCUGUCAGCAACAAGUAGGAGAUUAGUAGUGCUGAACUCAUUCUAAAGAAUUAGAUAACUUGUUAAUCUAGCAGUUUCUCUAGUUUUUCAAAAACAAACUUCAAACAUAAUAUCUUAGAAUUUUUAAAAAGUAGCUUUUUGAGCCUGUGUAUACCACUAGCCAGCCCAUACUUGAUGUCACAACUUGCUUUCAUUUUUAAACUUUGUCUUAAUUUUAAAGACCCCAUCUAACAGAAAACAGACAUUUGGAUGGUAUUUUGAUAUAUGCUGAUAAUUUUCCGACUCUCUGAAAAGAUCCCCAGAUACUGUAUGUCAUGACAAGAUCUCAUUCUGCAUUUCCAAUUUUACUCUCUUAUAUUGUAACUAUAAAAGGCAGAAGGUAUUAGUGGCUUAUUGGCUAAAGCUGAGCAAUAGAUGUAUUGUUUUAGGUUUAACUAAAGACCAAAUGGGAUAUUUUUUUUUUU